AUGGGCGUUUGUGACAGUGAUACAGCACUUGGAAAAUCAAAUAUAUCAUGUACUUUCUGUUCAUAUCUAUUUAACAAGUCCUAUGAGUUGGCAGGUAGUGGCGAUUCUGCUUUAGUGUUUAAUGCAAUGGUAGAUAGUAUGGCAUUGGGUUAUAUUUUUUCAGCAUUGUAUUUAUUAUUUAGACUACAAAGAAGUUAUACCUUUCUUCAAAAGAAUAGUCCAAUCAACAGACCAUCAGCAAUUAACAAUGUGAUAGAAGAUGUUUGGGAUAAGAAUUUCGGUAUCUCUAUGGAUUCUCCACAAAUUAUUAAUUCAACCUACUUCAAACAUACAUUAUUGGUUAGUUUAUGGCUAGCAUUCGAAGGUUUGCUCUUAUUAUUUUUACCACCCAAUUCAAUUAUCUACCCAAUUUUGGUUAUUCUCGUCGGCUCUGGUCAUGUAGUUACAGAUAACUGGAUUUUAAUUUUCUUGUAUGGCAAAGAGGAUGAUAGAUUUUCAGCUAGAAGGUCAUUGUAUUUAUGUGCAUUACUAUAUUUAAUAGUAUUGGCAACAAGUAUGUCAUCAUUUUUUGACGAUAAAGAAAAAUGUAAUAACAUGAGCUGUCAAACCUUUAUGUUUGAAGAUGAAUAUACUCUCUUUGCAUUUAGUGCAGCAGGAUUUUUAGUUUAUAUUAUAGUUUUGGGUUUAACAUUAAAGAGAUCACUCCUUAGACCAACAAGUAGAGUUUGGUUAUGUUUUUUGAUAGCAUACAAUUGCCUCAAUUCAGUUGGAUCACUUUUAAAUAUUUUUAAUACCGAUGUUGGCUAUUGUUUUUUAGGAAUUGGUAGUGUAAUCUAUUCAUUUGCAUAUGGUCCAAUAUUAUUCAAAACUUGUGGUGAUGAUACCAACUUAUUAAGAGCAAGAAGCGAAUUUUUACCAUUGUUGACAAAUUUCAAUGAAUAUACAAGUUUGUUUGGUAGAGAGUCAAUUGCAACCAGUGGUGAAGGGGCAGCAUCAGCUUUACAAUUAUCAGCAUUUUAUAUUAGAUUUAACGAGUUUAAAUUUGGACAUGUUAUUGGUGAAGGUUAUUUUGGAGAGGUUAGAAAAGCAGUAUGGAAGGGUGCUGUUGUUGCAGUUAAAAUUCUUCAUCGUAAUUCAUUUAGAAACACAGAUGGCAAUAAAGAAGAGAAUGUUUUCUUCAAAGAGGUUGCAAUCCUUAGUAUUUUAAGACAUCCCAAUGUAUUACAAUUUUUAGGUGUUUGCUCAGAAACCAACCUCAAUUGUAUUGUAACAGAAUAUAUGGCAGGUGGCAGUCUUGAUCGUUUGUUGGCAGAUCGUUACUUUUUAUUAAGACAAAACCCAAUAAUGGCAUGGUCACUCUCUUUAUCAAUUGCAAGAGGAAUGUUUUAUUUACACGACUGGAAACCAAACCCAAUCCUCCACAGAGAUUUAUCAACUAAAAAUAUAUUAUUGGAUGAAAGUUUAACAAUUGCCAAAGUAGCAGAUUUCGGUCUCAGUAAAGAACAAAAUUUUGAAAUGACAUCAACCGUUGGUCAUUUAUGUUAUCAAGCACCAGAAGUAUUUAUUGGUGAUCUCUAUACCCCAAAGGCCGAUGUUUAUUCAUUUGGUAUUUUAAUUUGGUGUCUUUUAACCGGUGAACAACCAAAUCAAAAUCUACAACCAUUAAAAAUGGCAAAUAUGGCCGCCCAUGAAGAUUAUAGACCACCAAUCCCAUCACCUUUAGAACCAAUGUGGGAACCUUUGGCAAAAUUAGCCACCAUGUGUUGGAAAAAGAACCCAGAAGAAAGACCUUCAUUCAAUUUUAUUUUAGACUUUUUAGAAAGCCAAAUGCCAAUUCAUGCAAACUAUAAUAGCUAUAAACCAACAAUACCUUAUAAUGGAAGCAUUGGCAAAAUUAAUACCGAUAUUGGCGAUAAUGAUAUUAAUAACAACAAUAAUAAUAAUAAUAUAAAUAAUGGCGGUUUAAAUAACAGUUCUAAUAGCAACAGUAACAGCAAUUUGCAAGAAGAGGAGUUCCAUUAUAUUGACGGUUAA